AUGUUUCAAAAACCAAUUAUUAUUGUUUGCAGCGGAGGACCUUCUGGUCUUAUCUUCGCUCUUUCUUUGUCUGAAAUUCUUGUUAAGAAACAAAUUUUGGGACAAAUUCUUAUUUAUCACGAAGUUUAUAAAAAUCGUAAUUCUAAAAAUCAGCUUUUUUUGGUCAAUGAAGCUGAAUUUUCGCGUCUCCCGCAAAGUGUUCGUGAUUACUUAUCUCAUGCAGCGGUCUUCAAAGAAUUUUUUUCGGGCAAACAAACUGCAUAUUUCAUGGAAGAUUUCGAAGACAAGCUUAUGGAAUUAAUUGCAAAACUCGAUGAAAAUGUACAACUGGUUCCCGAAAGAUUUGAUCCUGAAUGUACUAGUCGAUACGAUUUGUUGGUUCUCGCAGAUGGUAAUAAUUACUGUGACAAUUACCAGUUCGAAAAAAAAGCUGUUUCCAAACAUUACGAGUUAGAAAUUAAGUUUCAUGUCGAAAAUCAUUCGCAAAAUAACGAAAUGGAAGCCUUAUCAUUAAUUCAAACUAGAUAUUUGUUACAAUUUCAUCAAGAUGGUCGAAAUUUUCUUAAAGUUAAUUUAUCGAAAUCUGAAUAUGAUAGUAUCGAAUCAAAUCCAAGUUUGGAUUCGGUAAAGAAUAAUCCUUGGCUUAUGAAUAUUAUAAGAGAUGGAUUUAAAUUCUUUAAAGUUGAUUACGAUAACUUGAUUUCGAUUUCAAAGAAUUCAAAUGACUUGUUAGUAACUAAAGAAUUUUAUAAAAACCACCAAAAACGUGGCCAAAAUGAAAGUUUCGUAUGCGUUAUUGGUAAUGCGGCGUUUAAUUGCAAAUCCUGGCAAAAUCGAAGUAAACUCAAUAUUGCAAUAUCAACAGCAGUAACAUUAGCAGAGAAACUCAUCAUCGAACAAGCUUUGUUUGAAUUUACUCGUAAAAAUUUCGAUAGAUUUUCCAAUGCAAUGUUGAACAUUCAACAAGAUUUCGUUCAACAACUUCAACUGACAAAUAUGGAGGAUGUUCUUUUCAGGGUAAUCCAAGGUAUCAUUAAUAAGUAUAAUAAUAAAUGUUCAAGCGAACAAGUAAAAAUUUUGCCUUCCGUCGACUCCUUCAAUUUUAUAACUAUUUUAGAUGAAUAUCCACAAUUCUUUGAGAUCGACCAAACCUCUGAUAAUAAUGUUGUAAAGGUUCUCAAUGAAUUAAAGGAAGAAUAUACCAAGAACGUCCAGAAUUCUACACCAGAAUUAUUUUUGAAAACACUUGAUGGAAUUCAAAAUACCAUGAAUUAUUUUAUAAUGUUUGAAUCAUAUUUAUCUUCUCAUAUUUUGGAUUCAAAGAAUAAUGAGUUAAAUAAAGAUGAUCGGGUCAAGCUAAAUUCGACUUCAAGUUUGCAAGGUUUUGAUAAUAAUAAUACUUCAGGUACAAGUUCUGAUUCAUCUGAAGACUCAUCUGAUGAAGAAACACAAUCCGAAUCAUCAGACGAUUUAUCUCUUGAAGAGUUUUUCCAAAUGACAUUUGGUGAUGAUGCGAUCAAUUAUGAUGCUACAAAUUUUGUAACUGCUGAAUUAAAUGAAGACGUAUUUAAAACCGAAGUGGUACCUUAUCUGAAAUAUCAUAAUACACAAGGGAUCCUUCGAAUAAUAUUUCCAUAUAUCGUUGAUAUAAUAAAUAGAACAAUUCCAUUACAACGUAUUCAAGAUUGUAUUCGACAAAGUUCUGCUUCUGAUAAUAUUGAUGAUCCUUCACAAAUAUUAAAGCGGUUGGCUAAUUGUAACGGAAGAGAUUAUCUUGUAGCAUUCCUGGAUAAGGUCCCUAAAAAAGCACUUACAAAGGUCCUCAUUUCACUUACUCGAGCAAACAUUCCCAUUCCAUUACUAUUUACAAAUAAAAGUGAAUUUAGUCAAAAAGGCUUAAAGAUUUUAAGAGAAAUUCGUAGUUUAGUACUUCGGGAUAAAUAUCAUUUAUUAUUAUCCUUCAAUUUAAGCACAUGCGAAUCAGUCACGCCAUUUUCGAAAAGACUUUACCCUGUCAUCUGCAAAAACCGUGAGGAUGAUUUGAGUAUUACUUCCGCUGGAUCAAUUGACAUUUCUUUUCACCCCGCGUCGGAAAAUAAUGGACGAAAGCCUGUCGCUAUAGCCGAAGUAUAUUUAGAAGAGGACCCGAACCAAAUUUUUCUCAGUAUAAUUAGCGGCUUCUCACAAUUUGCAUUUUACAUGUUUUUACACAUAAAUGAUCAAGAUUUUGAAGGUAACUCGCCGUCUAACGAAUUAAAAAAACUCAUUAAAACUGUUUCGUCAGAAUCUAAUGAUUCAAAAAUAUCCAUCAUAUAUUGGAGUAAGUCAAAAAAUAAUGAUCUUUACAGCAAGCGCAAGAAGACCUUAAAAAAGUUACUAGACCCAUACGUUAAAUCUGAAUGUAUUAAAAUUGAACAAAUUCCUAAGGACAUUAACCAAUUUCUUGAAAAGAAAAAAGAAGAUGUAUUGGAGCAACUGUCAAACCUUAAAGCAAAAUUUAUUUUUCCACAAUUAACCCUUAAAUUACCAAAUAAUGAUUCUUUAAAUAUUUGGAAUCAUGAAAUAGGGGAAUCUUCAUUUUCUUCUAAAAUGAAAUUAAUUAAUUUUAAACAAAGAUCAGAUAUUUUUCGUGCGACUUAUUUUGAACAUGAGAUCGAAGCGUUAAAUGAUAAGAAAUCCACAACAGAAUCACAGGAAAAUGAAAAAUUCAUGACCGAGGGAGAGAUUCAAACUAGAAUUCAACAAGCUCGACGCGAACAAAACAAAAUUGGGUUAGACAAUGCAUUGUCAAUUUUUACUGAUUUCGCAAACCUACUUAAUGAAAAUAAUAUAGAAAACAUUAGAGACUUUGCCAGUCAAAUUGAUGAUUAUUUUAAAAGAUAUUUAAAUGAAUUACAAAAUAAUGAUAACGGUGAUAGAACUGAAAACAAAAAGAAAAUUGAGGAAAAUGAUAUUUCUAUCCAUGAUUUUUGGCGUGAAUUUAUUAUAUUAUCUGAUUUAUAUUCGAGUAAUAAAUCAAGAUUAGAACAUUUAUAUCAUGUCAAACCACAAAAGUUACAAGAAGCGUAUAAAACAUGGAUCCUUGAAGGAGAACCUUUACAGUUGCUUGAUGGCUUAUCGUUACGUUCUCUUCCAACAAAAUUUUUAUCCAAUGUUUUAAGUAACUUAAUGACAAACCUUCAACGAAGAUUAAUCGUUAUUUCGGUUAUUGGCCUUGAAAGUUCAGGAAAAUCUACUCUUUUAAAUUAUUUAUUUCAUUGUGGAUUUGCUACUUCAGCCUCAAGAUGUACAAAAGGUGUAUAUAUGAGUUAUCGAACUGCAAAUAUUGACGGAAAUACAAUCGAUUUAUUAAUACUUGAUUCCGAAGGAAUGGCCUCAACUGCCCAAAAAUAUAUUACGCAUCGUACCAGCUUCGAUAAGAAAAUAACACUUUUAGCAUUAAUGUGUUCUCAAAUCGUAAUCAUUAAUACAAAAGGAUUAACAAGGGAUAUUGGAGAUAUUUUAGAAGUAUCUUCAUGGCAUUUGGAUGCUUUGAGACAUAGACAAUCAAAACCAAGGCUGCAUUUUGUUCUUCGCGACAUGGUUGAUACGAUAGAGGCUCAAAAACCUGCAUUUAAAGAUAUUGUUGAUGGAUUAAGAAAAAUGUUUGAUCAAAUUCCUGGCUGCUUAGAUUCAUUAGAAGAUUUUAUGUCAGUAGAACAAGAUGAUGUUCAUUUGCUAGAAAAUGCAUUCUCUUGUUAUAAAGAUGAUUUUCGUCCACGCAUUAACAAUAUUGGAAAAACAGAAAAUGUUAAUUUACCUGCUGAGGUGUUUCCGGCAAAAAUUUCAAGCUUACGACAAUCACUUUUAAAAUCUGCUUUACUUCAAAAGAAUAAUUCGUUGGAAAAUUUUACGAAUGUACAAGGCAAAAAUGUAUUAUAUCCUGGGUACGAAACACCGAUAAAUUAUUUUAAUGUUUAUCGUACCAGGGAUACAAUAGAGAUAAAAUUUGAUUUAUGUGAUACCCCUCAUAAUAUUGUACCCCGAAGUUCGAGAAGAUUUAUUCCAUAUAUGAAAACGGUGUGGAGCAAAAUUAAUACAUAUGGAAGUUUUCUUCAUUUUGAAAGCUUUAAAGCAAUUCAAGCAUGGUGUCAAAUGCGUAACCUUGUUAAUAUUAUUCACGAAAAUAGAUUGCCGGAUUUUACUUCACAUUCUAAGAAUAUAAUUGAUGAAUACGUUGAGAAAAUUAAAGCAGAUUAUUCAAAAUGGAAUCAAAUAGAAUCAGAAUUUAGAAUGGAAUUGGAUUCACUUGCAGAUAAUUGGAAAAGAGAGAAUUUAAAGUAUUAUUCUGAAUUAGUGCAGGAACAAUUUGAUGCUAGUACUGUAGAUGAAGGAAAAAGACUCAUUCAUAAUAUGAUUGCGGCAGCAAGAAGAGAACAAGAUGCCCAAUGGAUGUCAUUAGUAAGAGAGUACAAAGAUUCUUGGUUAUCAGCUUGUGCGAUAGAAAAAGUCGGCAAGAAAAUUAAAGGAUUAAACACAGCUCUCUUGAAAGGUGAUGAAGUAAAAUGUACAAAAAUAUUUGAGGAAAUUUGGAAAGAAGUAGAAGAGGAUAAAAAAGAAUUCACUCGUCAGAUGGUAAUACAACCAGAGAAACUAAAACAGCAUGUUCAACAAACCUUUAACAAUGCUAUUGGUGAAUUUAGCUCAAUUCGUCAAGAUUCAGAACAAAAAGAGAAAGAAAAGUUUAAACGUAGUUUUUGGACAAACUUAAAGAAACCAUCUACUUUAGAUGAACAUAUUAAUAUCGAUGUACAACAAAUUCAAAAAAUAAUAAAUGUUAAUGCGACAUUAUUUGAUACAAUAAAAUCCGUGGUUAAAGGCAAAAAGUCAAAUAUUGGCAAAAAAAAAUUAGCCAAAGAAGUUAAAAGUAAAAUUAUACAAACUAUCAAUGGAAUUACUCAUGAGUCAAAACAGAAAUUAUCUUUACAUAUUGAGCAUGGACAAGCGAUUGAAUGGCUUAAGAUAUUAUGUGAUUGCUUAUUUGAUUUUACGCAGUCUUAUAAUAUUGAGUUUCAACCUGAAUUUGAUUUUUUUGAGAAAUAUCUAAGGUUACAAAUAUAUACUGUAUUGAGAAACAAUACUAUAGAAUGGGAAAAGCAACAAAAAGAGAAAUUAGAUCACCUGAAAAAUAAUUUAUUAUCUUCAUUUCAGAAAAUUUUAACAGAUUUUUCUAACGAAAGCCUUUCUAAGGAAAUACUUAAGUUUAUCUUAUUAGCAUUUAAACAAAAAAUGGCAGUUAAAGGAAGCACUAUUGAUCAAAAACUUCAAUAUUAUUUAAGAUUUGGUUGGAUGAACACACAUACAGCAACAAAUUAUGCCUAUCAACAAAGUUUUGAUGCGUUAAAUAUUAAUGCAAUUCAAGAUUAUCUUGAAGAUCCAACAGAGUACAUGCAUGAUCUUUUUAAUAAUGAUUAUGCCAUAUAUAGUAAAAGUUUAGUAGAUUCAGUAGUGCGUGAAAUUGAAGAAUAUAUAAAUAUUGAAGAAAGUCUUUUAAAGGCUAUUUCUGAAUGGAGUGCAUUGUUUCAUUCGGAUCAAAAUUAUAAUCAACUAUUAUUAUCACAUUUAAUUCAAUAUUUAUUUGGAAAUUCAAUUCCUUCUAAAGAAUAUCAGUCAUUCAGAGCUCAUAUGCAAUACAAAUGUAAUAUUUCCAUGAAAAAAUCGGUACCAUCACAUGAUUUUUCAGAUCUUUUGAAGGAUGUCAAAAAUCUAUUUGGUAGUAUUACUGUUGAAAAACCUGUCGACUUUUGCAACGCACUUAAAAAAUACUUGAUAGAAGGUCUUAAAGAUUUUCAAACUGAAUGUCGUCAUCAAGUAACCAACCAUCUUCUUCCAGCUUUUAAUGGUGGUCGCGGUAGAAUAACAAAACACCCGUCUUUAAUUGUAUGUACUGAGGACGAAGCUCAUGACCAUAGAUUAUGGUCAUAUGGUUCUGAUCAUGAAAAUUCAAAUGGCUUAGCUCUUAGCGAAUUUUUGCGCAAAUAUCAUCCAUCAUGGCUUCCUUUUCCACGAUCAGAACCUUCUGAUGAACAUGUAACAAAAAUGCGUGCAAUUUGGUGGAGACUUAAAGAUGAACUUUGCGAAAGAUAUGACAUGAUCGAUAAUACUGAUCCAUCAUGGGGAUCCAGAUACGGAAGUCUCAUUUUAGAAUAA